GCGCACCUGGCGCGGGGCGGCGGCGCCAUGGCGGGAGCGGAGCGGCGAGCGGGGGGCGGCCCGCGGCUCCCGGGGCUGCUGCUGCUGCUGGGGGGGCUCGCCACGCUGGCCGGAGCCCAGGUGACCUCGGAGGACAGGGAAGUGCCGGAGCACAAACCCGUGGAGAUCCCGUGCGCCGCGUUCCGCUCGGCCGCGAGCAGCGACCCCCGGAUCGAGUGGAAAUUCCAGAGGGGAUCCUCGCUGGGGCUGAUCUACUACAGCGGGGAGCUGACAGAGCCGUACCGGGGCCGGGUGCAGUUCUCGCGCACGUCCAUCCGAUUCCAGUCGGUGACACGGGAGGACAGCGGGCGCUACAUCUGCGAGGUGGUGGGGGAUGGGAGCCACAUCUCCAAGAGCGAGGUCAACCUCAUCGUGCAGGUGCCCCCGGGCAAGCCCGUGGCCCACGUCCCGAGCUCCGCCACGGUGGGAGCGCGGGCGGUGCUGCGCUGCUCGGAGGGGCAGGGCUCGCCCCCGCCCACCUUCCGCUGGUACAAGGACGGCACGGAGCUGCCGCAGGACCCGCGAGCGAACCCCGCCUUCCGCAACUCCUCCUACAGCCUGGACCCGCGCUCGGGGGAGCUGGUUUUUGAGCCGGUGGGGGGCUGGGACACGGGCGAUUAUCACUGCGAGGCCUCCAACAACGUGGGGACCCCCCAGAAAUCCGACGUGUUCCACAUGGAGGCCAGUGAGGUGAACGUGGGGGGCAUCGUGGCCGCCGUGGUUCUGCUGCUCCUGGUCCUGGCGCUCGCCGGCUUCGGGCUCUGGUUCGCCUACAGCCGGGGCUACUUCAGCAGUGACGCCGGCGGCAAGAAGGUGAUUUACAGCCAGCCCUCGAGGCGGAGCGAGGGCGAGUUCAAGCAAACCUCCUCCUUCCUGGUGUGACGUCACCGCCGCCCCGCCCGGACACUUUUCCCAAUUCCCGGAAUUCCCGCGGGAUUUUCGCUGCCGUUUUUUAAAUCCUCACCCGGUGCCUUCGCCGCUGCUGCCUCUGGAACUUGGGGGGGGCUGGGGGUCCCCGUGUCCCCUCCUUGUCCCCUUUUGUCCCCUCUUUGUCCCUUUUUUUGUCCCCCCUUUGUCCCCUCACCUCGUUCCCCCUUGUCCCCUUUGUCCCCCCCCCCCCUUGUCCCCUCUUUGUCCCCGGGGGGGCUCCGGGAGGGGGCGGGACUGGUGCCACCACGUGGGGACACCGCGCGUGUCCCACUGGUCCCAGUCUGUACUGGGAUGGGGGGGGGGAGGGGUGCUGGAAAUAAACCUGUGUCCUUUA